AAAGAGGGUGGGAUGCUGAAUCCUUUUUUGCUUUUCCAUAGAAUCUUGAACAGCGACAACAAAGAGGAAAGUCCAACCCUUUUGGCGACGUUUGAGUUGUACCAAGUCUGUCUCUGCUGCUGCUCCGGCACACAGAUAGCUGAGGUUAGAAGGACAAGACGACAACUUUUGUGCCGAGAUGCUGGAAAGUGCGCUCCCACUUCCGUCAUGAAGUUUAGUGAACUACUCUUCUACAUUUCCGUCUGCUUUCAUCACGGGGUUAGCGGAGAUGUGCCGUCGUCUUCGUCCCGGACCCGUUUGAAAAAUGUGACGAAUGUUCUCGGUCAGUUGCUCGAAGAUUACGACAUCCGGCUUCGUCCAGAUUUCGGAGGCGACCCGCUCUACGUCGGCAUGGACAUCACCAUCGCCAGUUUCGACGCCAUCAGCGAAGUCAACAUGGAUUACACGCUAACCUUGUGCCUGAACCAGUAUUGGCGUGAUGAUCGGCUGGCUUUCACGCACGAGAAGGACGUCGUCCUCACUCUCAGCGGCGACUUUUCCAACAAGAUUUGGGUGCCCGACACUUUUUUCGCCAACGACAAAAACAGUUUUCUACACGACGUGACCGAGCGGAAUACGCUGAUGCGGCUGCACGGAGACGGAAGCAUCGAGUACGGACUGCGCUUCACCACCACUUUGGCUUGCAUGAUGGAUCUCCACUAUUACCCGCUAGACCAUCAAAACUGCACCGUCGAAAUCGAAAGUUAUGGAUACACAGUUUCGGAUGUCGUCAUGUUUUGGAGAGAAACGCCCGUCGUUGGCGUCGAGGAUGCCGAGUUACCUCAAUUUACCAUCGUCGGCUACGAGACCAACGACCGUAUGGAAAAGUUGGCGACGGGCGCGUACCAGCGUCUCUCUCUCUCGUUCCGUCUCCAGCGCAACAUCGGCUACUUCAUUUUCCAGACGUACUUGCCCUCGAUUCUCAUCGUCAUGCUCUCCUGGGUCUCUUUCUGGAUCAAUCACGAAGCCACCAGCGCCCGCGUCGCUCUAGGCAUCACGACUGUAUUGACCAUGACGACCAUAUCGACUGGCGUGCGCUCUUCAUUGCCACGCAUCAGCUACGUGAAAGCCAUCGACGUCUAUCUGGUGAUGUGUUUCGUCUUUGUCUUUGCUGCCCUACUCGAAUACGCCGCAGUCAAUUACACCUUUUGGGGAGCCAGAGCCAAGAAAAAGAAGAAGAAGGGCGGACAGCAAAUGUCAUCAGCAGCUGAGGAUGAUCACAUUAAGAAUAGGGACUGCCAUUUGGAUGGGCAAGAGGACGACAGUUGUGAUGAUGGCAUCAUUCAAUUGCACGAUCUCAGAAUGUCGCCCAUACCGUCGCUUCGCAAUCGACAUCAUCAAACGACGACAGCCGGGACUGCAACUCGAGUCAGCAGCAGCCACAAAGUCAUCGGUCCGCCUAGUUUGCGCUUUGUCCGGCGCGGCCACCAUCACCACCACCACCACCAUCACCACCAUUCGUGCUCUCAGGCGAAGCACUUCUGGUCUUCGAAACCGCAAUCGCGUUGCUGUCGUAAAGCCGCACACGCAUGUUUGACGGCCAGAACGGGCCAGUUGAAUCAUCACAGCCAAAGGGAUGGCCGAGAAAAGAGGACGACGUCCAAUGACGACAGUCGUCUUCUCUGUGGAAUUUAUUCUCUACCCAAGAUCAAAGACGUUAAUCUUAUCGAUAAAUACUCACGCAUCGUUUUUCCAGCUGCAUUCGCCAUAUUUAAUGUUGUCUACUGGAGUAUUUACAUACUUCUCUAAAAAAAAAAAAAAAAAAAAAAAAAAAAAGGGGGGAAAUUCUAUUGAAUCACUGGCCCCUGAAAAAUCUUUAUAGAGCGGAAAAAUUCCUGUUUUCUUCACAUUUUCUCCUUUCAUGUAAAAAAGAAAACUGCCUAACAUUUUCAAGACAACUUGAAUGAACAGAACAUGUUCUACUCCACGACGCAUUAGUUAUUAAUUGAUAAUUAAAAGCACCCCUCUCCUACUGCAUGAUUAAAAAUUGCAUUGAACAUUUUUCUCCUUUGCCCUUCGACGUCGGACGGACUCGGAAUCCGGCGAUUGUUUACGACGCAUGCUCUGUAGUGGUACUAUAAAAUACCAUGUCCGUGUUAUAAUAUACUUAUGCAUCCACCAGAGUUACGAAUUGUACACUGGAAUUUAAAAAGAAAGAAAUAAUACAAAAUACUAAGCAAA